AUGGGAGGUCGUAGAAGCCGACUGAACAAGGAAAGUGAGACGGAUAGAGGGGGAAACGUCGCGGAUGGAGCGAGACAGCGGGUAAAGAGAGGUGAGACUGGACAGAAGGAAUGGUGUACAUUAGCAUAUUGGGAACUAGGUGGUCGAGUGGGUCGGCUUUACCCUGUGGAGCCUUCAACGGUAAAUGUAUUUGAUUCCCUCCAUGAUGGUGAUGGCCUUUGCUUAGCGAAGUUAGCUGAAAAUCAUGUUGCACCACCUGCAGUCCAAAGAACAAGAAGCAAAAUUGGUCUUGGUGUGAUGCUUAGUCAAGAAGCAGAUGGUGUGUGGGCAUACAACAGAUCUGAGAGCCCGAUCUUCGUGAACUCGCCUACCCUGGAUGAUCCAGAGUCUAGAACACUACUCGUCUAUCGUGUGCCUCCAGGUUUUUGUCUUAACAUCUUCGACCGAACCAAAAUACUACAGCUUCCAUAUGGCAGUGGUACCAUAAGAACAACCAAUCAGGCUGCAGGCUUCGCCUCUGGUCCUGUUGAUAUCAACUCCGUCCGUAUCAGCUUCGCCAAAGGCUGGGGACCCAAGUACUCAAGACAGGAAGUCACAUCUUGUCCAUGUUGGCUCGAAGUUCUCCUAGCACCGUGCAGGUGAUCCCUACGUCUCAUCGUGAAGGUAUUCAGUCUCGUCCGUUUGCGCCUCUUCUUCCUCCUCGUCGUCCUCCAAGAGGACUAAAUCUGUGAAACUGACGCAGCAACGACGAUGCUCCGUCCCAAAGGCUGCCAACGGAUAGUCGAACGACGUGGAUCGCCGCCAGCAGUCUUACCAAAGUACGCCGCCAUACAUCCAAGAACAGCGUCGUUUUGUUAACAGAAAAAAUAAUGAGAAUCACUCGGCAAAGAGUGUUUUUAUAUCCUUGUGCCUACGAACGGCGGACGCACAGUUUUACGUGGUACUCGAUUAUUCAUCGCAUCGAAAUUUCAUUCGUCUCGUUCACCCGUCGCUACAAAUAUAUUUCCACUUGAUUGGUCAAUGAUACUGUUGUUCUUUCAUGAUAAUGUUAAAUGAGAUUUCACAAAAAAGUGAAGCGGAAUCGACAUCCGCCAGGUCUAGUCAGUGGUAUUUAACAUUUGUAAGCUUGACGUUUAUAUGUCUUGCAUUAAGAAUAAAAUAAGAUAAUCAACGCUAUCUGAAAUCAUGGAAAGUGCUGGAGUAUGAUUGACGUAGUCAACGCGCGAUCAUUUUCUUGUACAGUACUGAUCGUAAGUUUAACGUCCGUACUGCCUGGCCAUGUUCUCGUUUAUGAUCAAUCAUUGCACUGCGAGGAAGCAGGAGUUUGGGCUUCCGAAGAAGUCUAGUCAAUGGUGUUUGAGAGCAUAACAGUUCGUUGGUCCGGAUGGAUUUCUAAUCCAUUCACAUUGUCAGGAAACGAGAACAUUGCCGACAAAAUCGAAGGAAGUAUAGUGCGUUACUGACAUGAUCUCAACCAGCCUGUGGCUUAAAAGUGAAGAGUGGCAAGAGGAGACAUCUGCUCGUGGCGCUCGUCCCGAUAGUAAUGGUGGAAUUAGUUUCGGCACGUCUUUGUUACUGGUCGAGCUGCGAGUUGAGGUGGAGCGUGCGGCCGAGUCCUCUUGCCCCUCUUUACUUUUGAGCCACUGGCUGACUGGGAUCAUGUCGGUAACAAACUAUACUUAGCCCUUUUAUUAUUAUCUUUAAAAAAAAAGACUUCUGCUUUUAAACAUUAACAACAAUUUUUAGUAUGACUUUAUUUCCUUCGUUCGCGUUGACUUUAUUCAGAAAAACGAUUUGUUGCCGCAUAAUGUUAAAGGCAAUUGUAAUUAGGUUCAGCGAAACUUUCGUCGACUAAUCGAAGAAUCUAAUAUUAACGGAUGUUCGUGACCGGUUACCGACGAAAUCUGAAAGACUAACUGUGCUAACGAAACUUUUCGACCAUUCAACCCUCGUGUUUCUAAUGAGUCAACGUGCUCAGCGUUCAAUUUGUAUAAAUUCGUGCGUAGUUACGUUUCAUCGGCGUGAGAAGAAAAAUUGUCGACGUACCACGAGUACUGCGAUUGUCCCCCGAUCGUCGUUCGGUGCUGUACGUACAAUAAUAUGUACAUACACUGUGCCUUCCCAGCUUCCUUCGUGGUGCAAUGUGUGCGAAAGAAAGAGCGAGUGGGUGUAUGCGUGUGUCCAAAGGAAACGGGAGUGAAUGAAAGAGAACUUCGCGUGCCAGCUAACGUUUUCGCACCAAAUGCCCGAGAGCUUCGUACUACAGUAAUACGAUACUGUGAUAAAAGUUCAACCCAGGUCUCUUCUUCUUCUUUUUUUUUCUUCACCUUCCUUUUCUCGGACUGAAAUUAUCCUUUAUAGCACAUGGGUCAAAUAGAAAAGUAGGAAAGUACAUAAUAACUAAGCUUAUAAAUCGUUACAUGGCUAAUAUAUUCUCUACUAUGUCUGAGAUAACAAGAAUCUAUAGGUAAUGUAAAUCAGAUAGAUAGAAUAGAUAGAGUUGCAAUAAGUGGGCAUAAAUCCCCGCAUGAACAUUUGUGUUAAUUUGAACUGGAUCACAACUGUAUAUUCAGAAGGUGAUGGGGCAUGGGAACUAACCGGAGUGUUGUCUCAGGCUUUACAGACACCCUCUUCAGAUCUGACAAAAAAGGGUUGCCUAGUGCCUCCGCCGGAAAAAUUUGCUCCAUGCCUUCUGUCGGAUGGUUGAGUAGAUUGUUGAACAUAAUUGACUGAAGGUCGAACUUUAUAUAAAUUUUGUUAUCAGGGAUAUAGGGCAGUACUGAAACCUUCCAGUCAGCUAGUACUUGGAUAGCCCAUAACCCGAGAUCAGUCGCUACAUCUUGAGGGAUUUGUUUCAAGAGAUUCGGUAUGUUUCCUGGGAAGUCAGGUAUAGGGACUAAGGGCAUUUGAAUCUGUAGUGAAUGCACCUACUACGUGACGUGUCGGAAUACUUUUGAUAGUUCUGACAUGUUGCUAAUUAGUUUGGAGCACAUGUCUUCUGUGCUUAACCUGAUAGUCUCCCUAGGUAGCAUACGAGCUGCCAGUGGCAAUCCAGCUCGUGCCACAACCAGGUGUUUCCGCUCUUGUGCAAUGAGCCUCCUGUUCCGUUUCCGUCCUGGGCUAUAUCUGUUGCAUCCGUAUGGGAUGUACAACUAGCAUUGUACAUAAAAACUUGGCUACCCAGGACCUAUACCUCCUUACCUUCCUUUUUCAUUGUUCUUGCGAAUAGAUCGGAUACUUCUAGUUCUCCAGAGAAAACCUCUUAUGAAACCUUGAAGAGUGUGAUGGCCAACACUUUAAGUGCCACAUCAAAAAGUGUGCACACUGACGAGCCUUGUCUUUUGUAACCACCAAAGGCAGCAUCCUUGAUCAAUUCACACUUUAUCCACGAGCAUAGGAACGCUAGAUCAGGGUAACUACGGAGUUGGAUGCUAGAUUUGUUUAUCGAGUUAAAUGGGUUGUGUACUGUCUGUAAAGCUAGAUUAAAAACUGCCACAAAGUUGUCUCGAGGGAUUCCCCUUUUUAACAAGCAGAUCUGUAUCGAUGUAAUAUAACUCUGCCACAACAUCAGCCGCAGUAGUCACACUGGUCAUAUUAUUAUUUGCGGCCUAUUCGAUCACCCAAAUUAACGAUGUAACUUGAGCCACGUUAAGAUGGCUCCAACAGAUAACCAAUGGUUUGCAGACCUGCUCCCAGAUUAGAUCUCUCUUUGGAUACAUUCUUAAAAAAUGCGCGCAGCUUCUAUUGUUGAUGUAAUCCUCGAGGUUUACAUUAGGAAUGAUUGUUUGAACUUGUGUCCUGCGGUGAUUGACCCAAGCUGGUGUUAUAUUGGCUUCUUUCGUAAGAGUGGUGAAAUAUACGAACAUCAACCCUGCUAUAAGGUCCACAGCAGGGAGGUAAUUGUACUGCACGCCUCUCAUAGAAUCCGAGGUAAGUAUUCUGGUUAGAUGCAGCCGAAAUUUGCAAAUAGUCAUCUUUUACUUAGAAUUCAAUAUUCGUCAGUUCUACGAACGAUGUGUGCGGUUUACUGAAAGCCGACCAUGCCUGUUGAACCUGUUCUCCCACAAAGAUAUUGGCAGGGAUAGUAUGACCUCGGUAGACAUAGAAAUUCAAGAUCUGCAUUGGGACACCCUCAAUAGUAGGGUUGUAGACAUUAGCUAUGACCUCAUCCUAAGCAGCCUUAGCCGAUGAUGAGCGCUUACAAAUGUUGAGUACCUCUACAACAUACAAUUGAUUAUCAUUUAAUGCAGGGGGCGUAAUUAAAGCCUUUCAAGACUCUAUUUCUUUCAUGGUUCUCUUUUUUUAUAAAGGAUUUAUCUCGUACAACGUAGGCAGCGGUUAAUUCUCCAUAUGUUUUCGCCAGUAUUUUGUCACGGUCAGUUAUGCGUUCCUUUACCGUCUCUUUUCUGGCUAUGUCCUUUGCAACCAAAAGCCUCGCCAUCCAAUAUGAAUAAAGGAGAGGUACUCUUUGUGAGAAAUCGCUGAGACAUACUGCGAUAAGUAACAAAUUAGUAACAUUUUGAUUUGCGAAAUGCGACGGAAGAGUGCCAUAGCCAUUACAGUUGGGGUGCAACCCAAAAAUAACCACAUCAAUUAAUAAACCAACAAACUCAAAAGCACGGAAGGCUCUUUAAAAACAGCAAGCUAUUCUUUGUAGACUGUAUCAAUUUCAAUUAUGCACCGACGAAGAAAUCUAUCAACCAGUUAAAUAUGUAAGGAUCUACGCAAAAAAAACGGAAACGAACUUAUGCUUGAACAAAAAAGAACAGACAUACAUUCAUACACACAUACACGUACACGAAGCAUGUAUAAAACACAAUCGACUGAUCGAGUAGUUUUCUUCUUCAAGCCGGUUAGUUACUUUUCGUACCACCGCUUUUAUUCGGUAUCAAAUAUUCAGAUUACGUGUGAUACGCCGAAUGAUAUAUUGUGAUACAUAUAUUCUCGCUUAAAUGAUAUAUAUUGAUUAUGUAUACGUACGUAUACAGAAAACAUGUUCGUAGGUUGCUAAUAACUACGUCUACUUGGAACGGUGUUGAUUCUGAAGCCUGUAUGCGAACCACGUGAUACAGAAAAAAAUUGUCAACACUGCAAGCGAUUCAUCUUGGAGGAAAAAGGGGGAAGAAAAGAAAAAUGAAAAUCCUGUAGAAAACGAUUUCGAUUUUGCGUAUAGGUUUAAGAAUCGAUCAACAAGAACGAAUCCUUUCGGAUAUAGUCGUCCAUUCAGUAGACAGCUGCGUUGCUUUUUAUAGUCUUCUCGUGGCUCUAACCUGCUGUUAUAGUCAAGGUUGUCUCACCGCUGAAAUUGAACGAAACGCCUGUGCGCACGGUCAGUCCGACGAAGCGGUUCUCUUCAGAAAAAAGAAACGAAAAACAAUUUUAUUCGGAGCUUUGAAAAAGAAACACACACACAUACAAAAACACACACACAGACACACGUAAAAAUUCGAUUAAAAAUAAGUUUACUUAUUUUGUAAAUUGUGCAAUCCCUAUUCGCAGUCGAAGGCAAAAACAGCCGAGGCGGUUUCCUGACUUGAAUCUCAGGGCGCGGAGGGUACGCGGACGCAAACAAAUGGCUACCAUCGUUUCCCAGCUGUACUUAACGAUGUUCUAUAAUUUAAUCGUUUCAUUGAGCGACGAUUGUUAAAAGGUACACUCAGACGGACGACAAAUAUUCGUAUUCUUUUUUUUUCACAGAAUAAAACCAUUGGUGCAUAUGUAAGAAACAGGAGAAAAGAAAUUGAACGAAGCAGCAUCCUUAGAUACCUGUACCUAGAACGAACACAAUCAAAUUGACUUUUCGUUAAGGAGAUCUCAUACGACGUUAUUACUAUCAAUAUAUUCUAAUAUAUUGCUGAGAUUAUUUACCGUAAAAUACUCUUUGAAAGAAGCUUGAACAACUCGGUAUUUUCGUUACUGUGUUUACACAGUAAUAUGUUAAUAGAAGAUCCUUCCUUUGAAGUGACGACGGUCGUCGAGACUAUACACCUAACUUUUCAUGAAUCCUAGAGAAAUACCAAAAGAAAUUGUUUAUCGAUGUUAUUCGUUCGUCUAGAAAGUACUAUCUGAGUUUGUUUUGGCUGUAUUGGAAAGGGAGAGGUGGUCUGUAACGUUAAACACAAGAUUAUCCUGGGACACACCGCCAUUUAUUCACGCGUAGUACUUCACGAAAGGAAGACGAAUUCGAAAAUGGUACCGUAAGUGAGAACUUUUCUUUUGAACAAGCUACCUCGUUACUUUUCGUUACGUUACAUUUUUUACUUUGUGUUCCAUAUUUAAAAAGAUCGUUCUUUCGUGGAUCUUUCAGCCGAAUAAACUCGUCGAUUGAUUGACCACGCGAAAUGGAACCGUGCGAUAGCAGACGGGAUAUUUUGUUCUCGGAUAAAGUGUUUAGUGCAUCGAAAGUUGUGUUUGGUAUUCUACCAUCAGGUCGUAUCGAACGAGCUGCAUUAAUUUACUUAGAACAGAUCGAGGAAACAGAACAUGCACAUCAGACGUUGAUAUUUCACGAAGAUUUUCCGUGUAAAAGGAACAGUGUGAUCCAGAAUUCUUAGCGUUCUAUCGGAGUCGUUUUUAAUUACUAUUAGCACAAUCAAGAUAGUGACACCGACAAUUGAUGGUAAAUGCACAGUACGGCAAAGUCUAUUAAAUUUGUCUUUACGGGAGGUCAAGAUAGUAUUAAUUCGACAACUGUUUUUCGGAAACGGCGUUUAGCCAGUUACAAUAAAGACACUGAAAUCGCAAUGACAAAGAAUGUUUCAACCUCUUGUUUCAAUAAUUUUUCAAGCUAUACAUGAAUAAUUUCUUCUAACUUAUUUCUAAAAAUGCAAUCAUAUACUUUCGCGAACUAAUUUAAAGGAACUAGAGCCACAAACUUUGCUCAUAAUAUGGAUUUUACGUCAUUCUAAAUUAUAUUCAAAAAGAAUUAAACUUUUCCGAACUUUUUACCGAAUAGAAUUUUAGAUAAUGAUGUAUUCUAUAACUGCAUACACACUACGGGUGAAAAGUUUGUGACCACUUGAUGUGUA